AUGACAUCUUUAACUUUCGCUAAACUAUGUUUCCUACCUUAUUGCCUUGUCAUCUUGUUGUACGUUUCAUCACCACAUUGGGUUGCUUUUCCUUCUGCUACUUCUACUUCUCAUACUGAAGCAACGGCUCUUCUCAAAUGGAAAGCCAGCUUAUUUCCAAAUCAAGCCCUCAAUCACCUCACCUGGUACAACCCUCCCACUCAUAAUAUUAAUGCCACCAAUUCUUCCAGCAGCAAUCCAAAACCAAGAACAAGCCCAUGCACUUGGACUGGUGUUUCAUGCAACUCAGCUGGAAGUGUUAGCACGAUAAACCUUUCCACUUGUGGUAUUCAAGGUACGCUACAUGAGUUUUCAUUCUUGUCCUUCCCUAAUCUUGAAUAUCUUAACCUCAGCUUGAACAAACUCUUUGAUGCCAUCCCACCUCAAAUCAGCUACCUCUCCAAACUCCACCAUCUCGAUCUCUCCCAGAAUCAGUUGUCUGAGAAAAUCCCACCAGAAAUCGGUCUCUUAAGAAAUCUUACAUUUCUUAGUCUCUCUGACAAUACACUUUUUGGGAAUAUUCCCAAGGAGAUAGGGAACUUGAAAUCUCUUGUAGAUCUAGAUAUGUCCGACAACAAUUUAAGCGGUCUCGUCCCUCCAAAUAUUGGUAACUUAAUAAAACUAAACACUUUGUACUUGCAUUCCAAUCAACUUUCUGGUUUGAUUCCCAACGAGACAGGGAACUUGAAAUCUCUUGUAGAUCUAGAUAUGUGCAACAACAGUUUAAGUGGUCUCAUACCUCCAAAUAUUGGUAACUUAAUAAACCUAAACACUUUGUACUUGUGUUCCAAUCAACUUUCUGGUUUGAUUCCCAAGGAGAUAGGGAGCUUGAAAUCUCUUGUAGAUCUAGAGUUGUCUUUAAACAAUUUAAGUGGUCUCAUCCCUCCAAAUAUUGGUAACUUAACAAACCUAAAGACUUUGCACUUGGAUACCAAUCAACUUUUUGGUUUGAUUCCCAAGGAGAUAGGGAGCUUAAAAUCUCUUGUAGAUCUAGUGUUGGAUGUGAAUCAACUCAAUGGUUCAAUUCCAACCUCAUUUGCUAACUUGAGCAACUUGGAGAUCUUAUCCCUAACCAAUAACCAACUCUCCGGCUCCAUUCCCCAAGAGUUAGAGAAUCUCAAGAAUUUGACUACACUACAGCUGAAUGCAAACAAAUUAUCUGGUUCUUUGCCCCAAAAUAUUUUCCAAGGUGGAAAACUCACAAACUUUUCAGUAUUUAGAAACUAUUUGACUGGUCCAAUCCCCAAAAGCUUGAAAAACUGCAUGAGCUUACGUAGACUCCGUCUUGAACAAAACCAAUUGAUAGGCAAUAUAUCUGAAGACUUUGGCGUUUAUCCGAAUCUUCAAUAUAUAGAUGUAAGCCAUAACAACUUGUAUGGAGAAAUCUCACACAAUUGGCAAAAAUGCCCAAAGUUGACAACCCUACGACUUGCGGGAAACAACCUUACUGGUAGCAUACCACGUGAGAUAGUCAACGCAACCCAAAUUCAUGUGCUGGACCUUUCUUCGAAUCAUUUAGUUGGGUUGAUUCCAAUGGGAUUCGGGAGAUUGACUUCUUUGGAGAGGUUGAUGUUGAAUGGAAAUCAACUUUCAGGUUCAAUACCUUCUGAAUUCGGAUCAUUGACUUAUCUUGAUUAUCUUGACUUGUCAACAAAUAAAUUCAAUGAGUCAAUUCCGAGCAUUCUAGGUGACUUGUUCAAAUUGUACUACUUGAAUUUGAGCAACAACAAGUUGGAUGAAGCAAUUCCUUUUAAGUUGGGGAAGUUAGUUCAAUUGAAUGACCUGGAUUUAAGUCAUAACUCACUUGAAGGUAAGAUACCAUCAGAAAUAGGCAGUAUGCAGAGUUUGGUGACACUUGAUCUUUCCCACAACAAUCUUUCGGGUUCCAUACCAUCAAGUUUUGAAGACCUGGGCGGCUUGUUGUAUGUUGACAUAUCCUACAAUCACUUGGAAGGUACCCUUCCUAACAUCAGUGCAUUUCGAGAAGCUCCGCCAAAAGGAUUGAAAGGGAAUAAAGGAUUGUGUGGCAAAGUUGGAGCUCUGCUACCACCCUGCAAUGCACAUGCCUCAAAAAAAGACCACAAGUUAAUAUUCUCUCUUCUAGCGGUAUUUGUACUUGUAUCUACUUUCUUUACAAUUGUCUUUGUAAUAGUGCAAAGAAAGAAGAAGCAUCAAGAUACUAAACAAAACCACAUGCAUGGAGAAAUUUCCUUUUUGGUUUUAAAUUUUGAUGGAAAAUCAAUGUAUGAGGAAAUCAUAAGGGCAACAGAAGAUUUUGAUUCCACAUAUUGCAUUGGGAAGGGAGGACAUGGAAGCGUCUACAGAGUGAAUUUGUCAUCUGGAGACGUAGUGGCCGUGAAGAAACUCCAUUUGCUAUGGGAUGGAGAGACAGAAUUUCAGAAGGAGUUCUUGAAUGAAGUAAGGGCACUCAGUGAGAUAAGACAUCGGAAUAUUGUGAAGCUCUAUGGUUUCUGUGCACAUAAAAGACACUCGUUUUUGGUGUAUGACUAUCUUGAAAGAGGUAGCUUAGCCGCAAUGUUGAUCAAAGAUGAAGAAGCUAAAGAGUUGGGGUGGAGUAAAAGGGUGAAUAUUGUUAAAGGUGUAGCUCAUGCCUUGUCUUACAUGCACCACGAUUGCUUGCCACCGAUUGUACAUUGUGACAUCUCAAGCAAGAACAUUUUGUUGGACUCUGAAUAUGAGGCCUGUGUUUCAGACUUUGGCACUGCUAAGUUUUUAAAUCCAAACUCAACUAAUUGGACUGCCAUUGCAGGCACAUAUGGCUACAUGGCACCAGAGCUUGCUUACACAAUGAAAGUGAAUGAGAACUGCGAUGUUUAUAGCUUUGGUGUGGUCACAUUGGAAAUAAUUAUGGGAAAGCAUCCUGGACAUCUUUUCUCAUCUUUCUCAUCAGUCUCUUCAUCCUCCUCCUCCUCAUCAUCAUCUGCAUUACUAGCCCAUCAAAUACCAAUUGUGGAUGUUUUGGACCAACGCAUUUCCCCUCCUACGCAUCAAGUUGCAAGAGAAGUGGUCUCUAUUGUGAAGAUAGCAUUUUCAUGCUUGGAUUCCAACCCGAAAUCUCGUCCAACAAUGAAACAAGUUUCUCAUUUCCUCUCAACUAAGAUGCUGCAUUUGUCAAAGCCGAUACAUAUGAUGACAUGUGGUGAAUUGCUUGGUCUUGAUCCUUUGGCUACCUGA